CCCAAACCUUCCGCCGACCGCCGCUGUCGCGCACCGGCCAACCCCGUCUCCGGCGCCUCGCCACCCGCACCGGAGCCCGUAUGGCGGCCCCCGCUUCCGCCGCAGAUCCGGGCACGGCGUUCAAGCUCCUCGUCUCCUGCCCCACCGGCCUCCCUCGCUCCCGCGUUUCAGUUAAGUUCCAUCAGUCAUUCGACAGGAUACCCCACCCGGACGCAGCCUUGGAGGAAUCUAUAAAUGAGGUUAUGCUAUCUAUUUAUCUACCUUUUUUUUCAAUUGUACAUCUAUCUGAUGUAUGCAUGCAUCCAAUUGUACAUCUAUCCGAUGUAUGCAUGCAUCCACGACAAUUCUUCAUAUCUGUUGUUCCUGGCUUCCUGCAGAUAUGGAACCAAAGGCUUCAGCAGAACCCAUCUCUAUACAGUGGUACAAAGUUUCGGGAUGGAGGAAAUGUCUUGCACUACAAAGAUGGACCAAAUCAGGAGUUACGUGUCUCGCUUCAUUUGGGUCUCACAGACUAUAGGACAUUUGUGGGAACAAAUCUCAAUCCAUCGUGGGAGAAGUUUUUGGUCCCAUCUGAAGAUGAUUCUGUACAUUGCCAACACAUGUCAAAUCCACUGGGCAAUGGUGCGAUUGUUGAGACAUCUGAUGAGAAGAUAAUUGUAUUGCAAAGAAGCUACAAUGUGGGGGAGUUUCCAGGAUACUAUGUUUUUCCUGGAGGACAUUCGGAGCCACAAGAAAUUGGAAUCAUGAGUCAUCAAACUGAUGAAGAAGACCUUGCUCGUCUCAACGAUCGUGUUUCACAAGAAAUGUUUGAUGGAAUUAUCCGUGAAGUGGUUGAGGAAACUGGGGUUCCUGCUAGUUCCCUGACGGAUCCUGUCUUCAUUGGAGUUUCUCGCCGUGAAAUGAAUGUUAGGCCAACUGCAUUCUUUUUUACAAAAUGUAACAUUGAUUCCAUUGGUGUAAAUGAGCUUUAUUCUAGAGCUCAAGAUGGCUAUGAAUCUACUAAACUAUAUGCAGUAUCAGUGGAAGAGCUACAAGGAAUGGCCCAGCGAAUGCCUGGCUGCCACAAUGGUGGUUCUCUGUAUGAAUUGAUGAGGAAUGCUGUCAAAAGUUCAUGAAGAUGCCAUUCAGAGAAUAGGUGGGUGGAAACACGACGCAGAACACUGGAUGUUCAGAUCCAUCAUAUUACUGUUGUCUGCACUUUGCAGUAGAUGUGCCAUUUCCAUAUUUGUUGGGCUGACGAAGGUCUACAUAGACCCUAGCAGAAGUCCCCAAAGAAAUAAAAGCAUUAAGGUUAAAUUUUCUCGAAAGAGUGUAACAGAAGAAAUUUCGCGAUGCUGACUUACAUGCAGAGACGACUCUAUUAGACUGUAAUGGUAUAUUUAAUAAGAACAGAAUGCACGGCCAACCUAUGCCUCAGCCUGUCAGUGAGUUCUUCUGUUGGAUCGUGGAACUUCAACAAAACCCGAUCAUAUGCCCUCUUUUAGUGAUGUAUGUAGGAACAGAAGGUGAACUUAUAUUAGCUUUUUACUCUGAAAAAUUAAGAUCCUAAAUAAUAUGCUUCAUGUGCGAAA